GCCGGCUCAACAGGAACCACCGUGCAUUGACACCAUGGAUAAUUAUGAUGUGAUUAAGGUCAUUGGGGAAGGUGCCUUCGGGAAAGCAUUCUUGGCUAACGGGAAAUCAGAUGGCAAGUACUGUGUUAUUAAAGAGAUCGAUUUUGUGAAGAUGCCCAACCAAGAAAAAGAAGCUUCAAAGAAAGAAGUAAUUCUUCUGGCCAGAAUGAAGCAUCCCAACAUUGUAACCUUCUUCAGUUCGUUUCAAGAGAACAACAGGUUGUUCAUUGUGAUGGAGUACUGUGAUGGAGGGGAUCUCAUGAGAAGGAUCCGUAGACAACGGGGAGUGUUAUUUAGUGAAGAUCAGAUUCUGAGUUGGUUUGUACAGAUUUCUCUAGGACUAAAAUAUAUUCAUGACAGGAAGAUCUUACAUAGAGACAUAAAAGCUCAGAACAUUUUUCUUAGCAAGAGUGGAAUGGUUGCAAAGCUUGGUGACUUUGGUAUAGCAAGAGUUCUGAACAAUUCCAUGGAACUUGCUAGAACUUGUGUUGGAACGCCAUACUACCUAUCCCCAGAGAUCUGUCAGAAUAAACCCUACAACAAUAAAACGGAUAUUUGGUCUCUUGGCUGUGUCUUAUAUGAGCUUUGUGCACUCAAGCAUCCUUUUGAGGGUCACAACUUACACCAGUUGGUUCUGAAGAUUUGUCAAGCGCAUUUUGCCCCGAUACCCACAGUGUUCUCCCGUGACCUGCAAGCCUUGAUAUCUCAACUCUUUGAAGUAUCUCCCCGAGAUCGGCCGUCUAUUAAUUCCAUUUUGAAAAGGCCCUUUUUAGAGAACCUUAUUGCCAAAUACUUGACUCCCGAGGUCAUUCGGGAGGACUUUAGUCACAGCCUCACACAUAAAGCAAGACGGUUGGCUUCUCAACCUGCAGGGAAGGGGGUCCAAGAUUCUAUGAUACAGAAAGCAAGAUUCCAGGGAAAGUGUCUACCAAGAUCAAGGCUAUCAGAGCCAUUUAAAAGGAAGGAGAUAUUGUAUAGAAAUGAAAAGAGACCCCCAGCUGGAUCUCAGAAGCCUGUAUCUAUAAAAAUGGUAGAAAGGCCCAAAUUUGCUGCAAUGCGUGGACAUUAUGACUAUUAUUAUGCCCAACUUGAUGUGUUGAGGAAGAGAGUGCACGAACCAAUUUACCACUGUGUUCCUCAAAAAGAUUCUGGAGUUGAGGAGAAUUAUAAUCAGGAAGAAAGCCAUAGUCCGUCACCAGGUCAAUGGCCUGCGGAAUACCUUCAGAGGAAAUGUGAAGCCCAACAGUAUAAGCUGAAAGUAGAAAAGCAGUUGGGUCUCCGUCCAUCUUCUCCUGAGCCGAAUCACCACCGGAGACAAAAGCGAAGAAAUGAUGGAGAAGAGCCUCGAUUCCAAGAGCUGCAGAUCAGGAGAAACGAAGUGAAGGAACAGGAAUAUUGGAAGCAGUUAGAGGAAAUACGCCAACAGUACCACAAUGACAUGAAGGAAAUUAGAAAGAAGAUGGGGAGUGAACUGGAGGAGGACUCAAAAAUAAGUCAUAAAACCUAUUUAGUGAAGAAAAACGACCUGCCCAUCCACCAAGAGGCACCUGAGGAAGGAGCUUGUAUGCAGGACAUUGAAAGAGACUUGAAACAAAUGAGAGUUCAGAACAUAAAGGAAAGUUUAGUUCUAGAACAAAACUGUAAAGCUAAGAGAGGGGUGAAGUUUGAAAUUAGUUUAAACCAAUGUAUUUCUGAUGAAAACACCCUCCAAGAGGAAGAGGCAAUGGAUGUGUGCAAUAAAACUGUAACCUUUGAGGAUGGCAUGAAGCUUAAGGAAUAUAAAUGUGUGAAGGAGUAUGAAGAGUAUACAGACAAAGCAUUUGAAGAACUCUGUGGCCCAGAAGCAGAGUUGUUCAUUCAAGACCCUGGCUCUGCUGCAGAGAGCAGGAGACGGUGGGACACGCAAGCUCCUCGGACUCUGCUGGAGAUGAUGACAGCGGGUGGCCAAGGGAUGGUGACCUCAGGCAUUCCAGAAAACAGGAGACGGUGGCGGCAUGAAGCGCCUGGAGCUUUAAUGAGUGCUUGGGCUGCAGCACGUCUGACAAGUAGCUCGUUUUCUGCCCACGAGGGCGAAUGGGUGGGAACAUUAGAACAAAGGCUUCCUAAAGAAGAUGAGGGGAAUAUGGAAAUGGCCUCUGGCAUUGAAGUAGAUGAGGAACAACCAAGAUCUGAUGAUGAUGAUACAAAUUUUGAAGAAUCUGAAGAUGAGUUGAGAAAUGAAGUAGUAGAAUCUCUGGGAAAACCUGCUCCUUCCAAAGAGGAAGAAAAAAGAGAAGAGACUCCUGGUUUCUCUAAGGGUGCUGAAAAAUUAGGAGGAGAGAAGAUAAGCACCCAGAAAUAUACAGAAUUAAAUGAAGAUUUAGAGAAUAUUUCUACUCGAGCUGACGACAAAGUAUGCAUUGCAGGUGAAAACCAAGAAACAUCAACAACCCAUCAAAAUAUACAAGUGUGAUUAUUGCAGUUUUUCUUAAGUGAUAAGUUAGUAUCUAUUAACUGUAGUAUCUGGUUGGGUCCAAGUCAUAAACAUUCAUUUUGUAAGAGUUUUCUAGCAAUCCCAGGGAUUUAUUGUUUUUUUUUUUUAAAUUGGGUUAUAUUAGUU